UAACCGGCCUACGAACAGGUUUUAAUAUAAUUGGUUUUACAUGAAACAUGAUAUUUCUAGCCUACUAUGACAAUUUGCAUAUUUAACUUCUUGUUUCGUUUUCAUUUUGACUUAUGGCGAACCUUACAAUGGAUAUAUAACAGGAAUUUAUUAAUAAAAAAUUUGCAUUAGGCGACUUCGAAAAAUGGGCAGAAAAAAGAAGUCGAAGAGGAAGAUUAAGGAAUUGACAGGUCGGGAAAGAGAACAAAAGAACAGAAAUGAAUGUGAGGACAGCAGUAAUGACACAUCAUUUCCAUCAAGGAAUAGAUCGGAUGCUAGAAUGGAACCAGUGGAACAGUGUGCCAGUUACAUAUCCGAGAGUAAAUGCAGGGAAAAAAGAGAUUGCAUGUUUACACUAGGACCACAAGGUGACGAAGAAGCAACAAUCCAGUCAGUCGUUAGUUCACCUUCAUCAGACAGACUUUCAACAAGUACAAGUUCUUCAAGUAUCUUUAUUAACCAGAACAUUAAAUGUAAAAACAUUAUGGUUGGCAGUCAAAACAGUAUGACAGAUAUGAGCAGGCCUACAGAUGAUGAUAGUUCUGAUGAAGAAGAGACUUACUCCCCUUCUGGAGCACGACAUUCUACAGGACCUUGCUCUGAAAGUAAAGUGAUAACGUAUGCACACGCAUGUACAGGCCAGCAUAUAAGUGCAGACACAGUCAACAUUAAUAUCAAUCCUCCUGAGUCAGAAAAAGAAACAUCUACACAAAAGCAAUCUGGUUUGUUUUUAGAAUCCGUUCAGAAUUUUAAUCGAGGACACUAUAUACUAGUUUUAAACAGAUUACAAACCUCAAUGAUUCAAAACUUAGAUGCAUUAUUAUUAGUUCAAUGGUCAGUUGUGUUUGAUUUAGAUCCUGAGAGUAGGUCAUCAGGGAUGCUAUCGUUUGCUGAACAUUCUGUUUCAAGACAACGAUCGUUGCACGUGAUAAGUUGGCAAGAUAAGGAUAAAUGCAAUUUCAACGAGAACAGUCUUUAUUGGAUAGGAAUGAAAGGUUACUCUGAAAGGCCCGGGACGAGGACAGAUGCAGAUUUCCGAAAAUGGAAGAAACAGGUAAAAGGAAGUUUCACACAGAUCCUAGAACAACUGCGGAAAUUUGGAGAAAGCUGUACAGAAUUUACGGUCGUCUCACUAUGGCCAAAACAUUACACAGAAGCACAGCAUAUGCAGUAUAUCUUAGAGGAAGUUGGUGAGACGUUAGCACCGAAGAUUGUUUUAGUUGACGAAAGCUUAUCAAAGAAGGUUGAAGCAGAUACCGUUUUGAAGAGCACCCUUCUUUAUCACGAAGACGACAUAACACGAGUUGAAAUGUGUCUUCAGGAUGUGUGUCGAGCAAUAAGAAUAGUAUGCAAGCCAGUAGUAACAGAAAGUUCAUCAAAAUUCCAACUUCCCACAAGUGACUUAACAAGUGAUACUGAUAUCACAGAUGAAAAUGCCCGGUGGCUAAGAGAAGAUCUUGACGUUUUAUAUAUCAACAACAAAACAGGAGUAGAAUAUACUCAAGAUGCCCUUGAGACACAAGAAGAUACUUUUUUCAAGGGAGGAACACUUCCAUGGCCAUGGUGGUACCAUGUUGGACCUGGUCAUGUAGAUGUAGAGCGAGAUAUUACGAAGAAUAUGAUAGAUUUUAUAGUACAACAGCAUGUCGACACAUAUCGACCAGGAUGUGUAACACUAUUACAUAAUCCUGGGUCAGGGGGAACAACUCUGUCGCAAAGAAUCGUAUGGAGCUUAAGAGAAAAAGUUCCAUGCGCACAGGUCAAGCACAGACAUGGUUUAACUAUCACAGACUUAAAAGAAAAGGUAAAGUUUUUGAGCGAUAAAACUCGUCUACCGAUUCUUCUACUUGUCAUCGGCGAAGACGAACAAAUGGUCGACUCCAUUCAACGGGUUUUGAGAGACAAGUGCACAGUUAUAAUUUUCUAUGUGAAGCGCAGUCGGGAAAGAAUAGAAAAAGAUGAAAUAGACAGAGAGAAAAGCAGAUGCAAGCUGAAAUCUUCCGUGUCUUUAAAAGAAGCAAGGCAACUAGGUCUUUUGUACAAAAAGCAAUGCACGACAGAAAGCAAAAAGGAAAAGAUCAAGGAACUUGUACAUCGAGUUGAAAACGGUGAAAAACACACUAUGUUCGAAUUUGGACUUACGGUGCACAGUUAUAAGUACACUGGGAUAGAGCCGUACGUCAGAGAUUACUUGCUUCUUAGUGAAACGUUACAACCAUGGCAGAAAGCUUUAGCUUACUUGUCAUUGGUUUACUACUAUGGUCAAGCAUCUGUCCCAUGCAAGUUCCUUGCAGGAUUUCUGGGACCAGAGGAUGCGGAUAAAAUCCUUAAGUUUGAAGAAUUUCCAUAUGAAAUGCAGGAAUUCAUGGUGAAAGAUGUACAAGAAAGGAAAACCAACAUGGUGCGAAUUACACAUUAUUAUGUAGCGAAAGAGAUACUUGAUCAGGUGCUAACUUUCUCUGCAAAGAUACAGCGAAGUCCAUUUCCACAAAUAUGCCUAGAAAGCAAAAGACGUCUCGGCAACUUCGCAGUUAAUUUCAUAAAAGAAGCUGGUGACCUUGUCAAAGAAGAACAGUCUCCAACCAUUGUACACAUAAUGACAAGGACAUUUAUACUGAGAGACAACAAAGCAGCCGGAGAAAAUGAAACACAGACUUCCCACUCGCGCCGUCCAAAGUUUUCUCCUAUUUUAGAUGAUGUUUGCAAUCGUCCUCCAUACACUGAGCGAUUUGAUAUCUUGAAACAGCUCACAAAGUCGUUUUCAAGCGCUGCACAGUUUAGAGCACAUCUUGGCAGACUUUAUACAAUAUGUCGUCCUGAAGAAACGGAUAAUGCUGAAGAGUGUUUUAAAGGAGCGUUAGAUACGAUAUUUAAAGAAUACGAAUCCUCGGAUGACUUACCACAUUACAUCAAACUUGAUUUGAUGCAUAUAUAUCACAUGUAUGGAAACAUGAUGCUUACUCGAGUAGGCGCUUAUACAGGGAAAUACCUUGGAGAUCGCCCCAAAAAAAAAACACCAGCUGAGGAUUUCGAGUCAGCUGCCUACAAAUUACUACCAAGUGUAAAACAGGCUUGUUCGCUGUUUGAAAAAUGUCGUGACGUUACCCCUAUUGGACUCGAGGAAAGCUUUGGGUAUAUUGGCGAAAUCCAAGUCAGACUAAUGUUCUGCAGUUUUAUACACUAUAAGAGUACAGACGGUGUUCAUAGAUAUUCUCAUAACAGGCAAACAGAAGUGGCCAAUUUUAUUAAAGAUUGUUACAUUACACUGGACGAGCUUUUCCUCCUUUGCUUUAGCAAUACUGAGCCAGACAAAAUGGACGACGAUAGCAUUUUUAACUGCCAAAAAUGGUAUAACGCCCUUUUCAAGAAAAUACCAGGAAAGAUAGUUCACAAAAGGGAGGAAAGUGUUGCCUCUCGGCGAUUGCAAAUUGCAAAAAUCAAAAUGAAGUAUUGUACACAAAAUGCUUAUGGAAUUCUUGAACAAGUAACGGAUGCAAGUGACAUAGAUACAAUUGUAAAUGAAUAUGAGAAAAACUUCACAGAUUAUGAAAAUGAUGCUCCACAGCACAAUGUCUCCAUUCGAAUCAUUGAUUUAGAUCACAGAGAAUGGUUAUUUGCAAUAAGACAUCCACGUUUCCGAGAGAUGUACAGCAUAGAGAGAGUGCUUCAGCGUGUUGAGAUUUGGCACGACAAAGUAAAAAGUCCGCAUUCAAGAUUUUAUCUAUUUGUGUUGAAGAGUCUACUUGGCUUUGGAAGUUCCAAAACUCCAGGUGAUCCUGCAAUACUUACGGCAGCCCAGCAGUUGAAAGAAGAUGUUCUUCGACAGUCUAAAUAUGUCACAAAGCCUAGGUAUCCAAGAGAAUGGCUUGGGAUAGACAUAGAAAGCAUCCGUAGGCUUGCACCAGGGAGAAGGUUCUUUGGAAAAAUUGAAGGCAGAGAAGUACAUAUCCAUGGCAUCGAACUAGGAAAGCUUGAGACACAGAAAGGAACCAUAUGUGCUCCUAAUAAUAAACCUGCAGUUGGUUUCAUAGAUCUUGACUUAGGUUCAGACAAUCGGGUAGAAGUCAAAGUUUUCUUCGUCCCAGCAAGAUCUGCAGGAAAUCUCAAAGGUACAGCGUACAAUAACAAAAGGGUUGAAUUUGUUUUAGGGUUCAGUCUUUCGCAUGGAUACGAAGCAUUCAAUGUAAAAUUACUUGGAUAUGAAGCUUGUCCUAAAUGUAUACAAACUGUUGAAAAAAGAAGUUGUGACACAAGUGUUAGAUGUCCUAGAUGCAAAAUUGAAUUUAAAUGCAAAAGUUCUCCAGCUAGUUUAUCUGCUGCUCAUAGAAACGGGGAACGCAGUGGUUUAAGAUAGAGUCUUACAUAAGUUAGGUACUGACAGAUAUUCAAAGAGAUAAAAGUUCAUCAGGCCGAUUGAAUUAUGGAAUAAAAUCUGUAAUAAGAUCUUUUGAAAGCAUAGAAUGCAGCCAGACAUAUUAGCAGAGUUGGUAUUAUUAAGUCUCUUCAUGAGAGUUAACGGAUAGGGCAACACCCCUCACGCCCCCUAGGCCCGGCUUAAGCGGAAUUCUAGUAAAUAUAUAUUGAAUGUACUCCAUGAUCCUAAACGGUCAGAAAAGAUAACACCGAAGUUGGACAGAAAAUAAUCAUUUAUACGUUUUAAAAGUAGUCCUGGUACUCCCGAUAUUUGUUUUUCUUUAAUAUGAGCUAUUGUAUGGCAAACGCUGUCCAUUAGUUCAGUUGUGAGACAGCACCAUGCGUCGAAAACGUCGUGUAUGAAAACAUAAGCAAUCUCACUUGAGACCAGCCACUUCACUUAGAAUAAACAACCUCACUUGAGACAAGCAGUCUCACUUGAUCGUGAAAGAGUUUAGCAUAGUUUCGAUGAAACUUGCAUUCACAUUGAAUGUUUGAAAUUCACAAGUACUUAAACGUACUUUACAUUGAAGAAGUGAGUUAUUGAUGUCGAAAAUUGAUAACAUAUUUAUAGCGCAUUAAUGUAGCGUGACGUACCGCGCUUACGUCUCUUCCGACGUAACGUUGUUUUGUAGUUACACAUAAUGUUUGAGUAAAGGUCGAACCUGGAAACCACAACGCAGUUUGUUUCUUCACUGUACAUUCCCACAAUGUUAGUGCCGUGAGAAAUUCUACAAUCGUUACGAUGAAUCUACAAAAGUUUCCUUCCCUGCUCGAAAUCAUGGAGGAGAAGGCAAAUAUCAUCAAGAAUCUCAACGAGAAGGUUGUAAAUCAUCCAGAUGUUGACAAUUUGGAAGUAAAACUGGUAGAUAGUAAUUAAUAUUCCAUUGACUCACGUUUGAAACUCUAGUGACACUGAUAGCGGCAGCGUGAUCCGUGAUUCGCAGGACGUUAACGGUAGUGCUAGAACUGUAUCAGGUGAGAACGUUUCUUACUCUAGUAGAUGUAUUCAUAGAGUACCGUCUGAUAAUUCGUCAUUUCAUAGACUAACUAAACUGAGGUUACCGACGUCUGUUUGAUUGAAAUGUCGCACAUUGGCAGUCAUUUAGGGACUCGUAUGAGGCUGCUGUACAUUUGAACCAAACACUGUCUGAUGUCCAAAAGUUUAACUACUUACGCUCCUUACUGCAAGACACUGCAUCUACCGCCAUAACAGGUUUUCCACUGACUAACGCAAAUUAUCAGAAGGCUAUAGAUUUGUUACAAGAAAGAUUCGCACAAUCUCGCAAGAUAAUAGAUACUUACAUGCAGUCGCUUCUAGAUUUGCCGAUUCCAGACAACAGUGUGGCGAGUCUACGUAGAUUUCACGACAAAAUGUAGAACUAUAUCCGGGGAAUAGCAUCUUUAGGUGAGUGUCAAAACUUCUAUGGUGAUUUACUGGUAUUAUAAUCGGGAAAAAACUUGCAGCCGAAUAACGACGGAAUUUAGCGCGAGAACACGGAAACGCACGAUGGCAACUGCAAGAUUUGAGAGCUGCUAUCGCAGAAAUUAACAUUUGAAGCGGGUCAGACAGACGACAUUAGAAAACCACACGUGCCGACGGCUUCCUUAUUCACCGGAACCGGAAAGAAUAAAUACACAACAAAGAAACAUACGUGCACGACUAACAGUAAUAACAGCGAAUCAAAGAAACUGUGUCUAUUCUGUGGAGAUGAACAUACGUCGCUUAAUUGUAAAAAGGUGAAAACCCUUGAAGAAAGACUUAUCAUCGUAAAAGUUUAUGGAUGCAAAUGACAUAGAUACAAAUGUUACAAAAAAUGCUACAACUGCCUGGGAAACCACCAAGUUUCUGAUUGCCGUUCCAGGAACUGCCAGCGAAAGCACCAUUCAAGUAUUUGUGACCAGCCAUCGACUGUGCCGGGUUUGAAUCCAAGUGAAUCGCCGUUCGUGAUUUCUACUUCCGGUCUAACGGGAACGACGGGAACCGCUAUUCUUCAUUCUACUACACAUCAAAGGUCGAACGUUCUGCUCAAGACUGCAGUCGCUCGAGUAAAUUCGCAAGAUUAUACUAGAACCGCUACAAAUAUAUUAUUAGAUGAAGGCGCGCAGAUGUCUUUUAUUACAGACGAUCUUGCUGAGAAACUGAAAUUAAAACACACCGGUUUGGACACUAUAUCUUUAGCAUCCUUUUGUGGUAAAUCAGAACAGUGUCGUUACAUACCCACGAGCAUAGUGUUUCUACACGUCGAACAGGGAGAGACCAUACCGCUAGACGUACUUAUUGUACCGACCAUUGCUGUGCCAUUACCAAACUGAAUAGAUACGCCAUAACAACAAACAUCGAGAAGGCUUUUUUUAAUAUUGGUCUUGACGAGAAGGAUCGAGAUGCGACGCGAUUUCUAUGACCCAACACAGACAGCGACUUUACAACGUACGGAUACCGUGCAGUCCUUUUCGCAGUAACAAGCUCCGUGUGCAAGCAACCAACGAUUCAGUCUUAGAUUUAGACCGAUGUCCUAAGGUACUCGGUAUGACAUGGGAUACAGACAGUGACGUUUUACUGUAUCCGGCGAAGAACAUCUUAACAACCCAGAUUAUUACCAAGACAGCUAUAUUGCAGCAGCAUACGUCUCGACUCUACGAUCCCUUAGGUCUACUCAGUCCAGCUACUGUCAGAGCAAAGCUACUUCUCUAAGAAUUAUGGCAACAAAAUUAUCAUUAAAAAAUGGACAUGCCCAUACCUGACGACAUCAAGAAAAAUGGCGUAGUUUAAUUACAGACAUGAAUUCCGUGACAACCACUACGUUCCCUAGAUACUACUUUUAGAGUACACCGCAUACAUCAAAUCAUACAUGUAUUCACAUAUUCUGCGACGCUUGAUUUCGUAUGGUGCUACGGCAUACAUCUGCAGAGACAACCAGUCUACACUGAUGAUGGCUAAGACCCGUGUUGCUCCGUUGAAAAAGUUAACGUUACCGAGGUUAGAGCUGAUGGCAGCAGUGAUUGGUUCCCGACUCUGUUAGCACCUGCAGCAGAACACCAGCAUUCCGCAAAUACACCUAUGGUCAUACAGCCCGAUUGUGCUGUACUAGCUCCAGACGUCCAAGACACUCAAGCGAUUUAGUAGGAAUCGUGUGACUGAAUUCCACGAGCUGACCGAAAACCGGAAAUAGAGGUAUUGCACGACAAAGGACAAUUCCGCAGAUUUACUCACCAGAGGAAUAUCGACGAUUCACUUCAAGAACAGUAAUCUAUGGUCCCACGGACCUAAAUGGCUCACCACACCUGACAAUUGGCCAGUUUGGCAAGAAAGAGAUACUUACGCUAUCAUUGCAACGAUUACAGACCCAGUACCUACUAACCAAUCAGAAGAUACAGCUUUACCAGUGAACAACAGCAGUUUCGUCAACAUGUCAAGAUUAAGUUCGUUAGCGAAGUUACAGCUUAUGUACUGCGCUUCAUAGACAACUGUGAAGGUCAUCGGGAGGCGGGAGGUCCACUGAAACAGUAACUACAGAUGGACUUCACAGAGCUGAGAAGGUGUGCAUACGAAGCUGCCAGAUGUCCAGUUAUCAAGCAGAAGUGAAAGAUAUACAGACCAAGAGAAACAAACUCCCACUAUGUGGACAACUUAUACUAUUUAGCGACAAUGGACUUCUGAAGUGCCGUGGACGUAUCCACAAUGAACCACUAGACGAAAUGGCCCGUACCUGCUACCAGCUAAGCAUCCAUUCAAUAGCUUGGUUGUCAACGACGCACACUCUAGGUCACUACAUGCCGGCGUUAGUUCAACUAUCACAUUCUUAAGACAGAGGUACUGGAUUCCGUCUAUCCGUAAAAGUGUGAAAGCCAUACUACGUAAAUGUACCUGUUGUAAGAAGAUUGUUGGUAAACCCUACUCAGCUCCACUACGAAAGGGCAGAGUUUCUGACGUCAAGCCGUUUACUUACACAGGAGAAGAUUUCAUUGGGGCAUUAUUGGUUCGAGAUAACAACAUAAACGUUGUUAAGGCCUAAUUAUGCUUGUUUACAUGCACUACCACGAGAGCCGUUCAUCUAGAACUAGCUCCAGAUCUAUCAGCAGAGUCAUUCCCACAAGCAUUCCGACGUUUUUGAGGCAGAAAGUCUGUUCCUCACGUCAUGAUGUCAGACAACGCCAACACCUUCAUAUCAGCAUCCAGACAGGUACAAAAUUUGUUCCCGUCCAUCACAGUUAGAGAAGAACUCAACGACAGAGGAAUCGAGUGGAAGAUGAUACCGAAUCGCGCCCCUUGGUUCGAUGGAAUGUGGGAACGUCUUUUAGGUAUGACGAAAACCACGAUAACGUUCCUGUGUCACCUACCAAACGUUACAAACUGUUAUUACGGAAAUCGAGGCGUUGAUUAACGACAGGCCGUUGACGUAUGUAACUUCUGGUACAUUAGAUGAACCGGAAAUACUUACACCGUCACACUUACUUUACGGCAGACGAAUCACAAAACUACCGUUUGAAGAAUAUGUUCCUACAAACCCUAUAGCGAGUGACCGCCCGUCAGUUUUCAAACGGGCUACGAUAAAAACGAUGAUAAUCAACCACUUCCGGGAUAGAUGACGUCACAAAUACUUAACCGCUUUAAGAAAACGUCAUCAGACGACAGGCAGAAAUGACCAGACGAUAUAUGUUGGAGACGAUGUGUUGCUCAAUGACGAUGUUCCCCGUUUGCUAUGGAAAAUUGCCGUGGUUGAAGAACUAGUCCCGAGAAAAGAUGGACAUACUCGAAGUGCUAAAAUUCAAACACAAAAUGGACUUACAAAUCGCGCAGUUGUAAAAUUGUAUCCUCUAGAAGUGCAUUAAUUUUCAUGAAGUGACUGUGAAAAUUCAAAGGAAAAUUGAUAAUUGAAUCAGAGACAGUGUUUCAUGUAAGAUGUGAUUUACGUAGGAUAUUCGUUAAGUAAUAAUGAUUUCUUCAAGGCAAAUAUGUUAUUAACAUAUUUCAUUCUAUUCAGAUUACUAUUCGCGGCCCCGAGUAUGUCGGGAAUCGAUAACACAUUUAUAGCGCCUUUAUGUAUCGUGACGUACCGCGCUUACGUUGACGUCACAUUUGAGUAAAGAGCGAAUCUGGAAACCACAACGCAGUUUUCAUCUUCACUUUACAUCCCCACAAUUGGUUAUCCGACAGUUUGUUAAGAUUUCCGGCAACACUUUAACUAUAUGAUGCAUUAAUUUGUCCACUUCCACAUGUCUUAAAUGUAAACCUUUAAUUUUACCUGGAAAUAACAUUUGUAUUUUAGCAAGAAAUAUUGCAAGAUGCAAUACCCAAGUUAUGUUUAUACAUAAAACUUAAUUUAACUGCUUCAUGUUGAUAUAUUAUUGUGUCCUUUACAUGCAAAGAUAUUAAUGAUUUUUACUGGAUUCUCUUGUCCGUUUAAAAUUGUAAAUGUCUAACCGAACAUGAAUUGUAUAUUUUAUGCAUUUUAUUGUUAAUUUUUGUAUUUAUUGAAAACUUUAUAUAAAUUAUAAAUUGCUACUUUCAUUUUGUAUUGAUUCAUUAAACUGCCCACUAAGUU